AAGAAAGCCCGCACCCCAAACCCAGCACACGUCCACCACACACCCCACCACCUCACACACCCACACCUCUCGAAUCUCACCAUGUCCGGCGGCAUCCUCGACUCGAUCAAGAGCGUCGUGAGCGACGUCGCAUACCCGAACCGCGAGAGCGAGACGGGCCGGGACGACCACGACGCGGCGGUUGGCGCGACGGCGAGCCACGAUGCGCCCGAGGGCCUCAUGGACGCGCUGCACGGCGACGCCGGCGUCAAGACGAUCCGCACGCACGGCAACAUUGGCGAGGGCAGCGGGACGGGCCUGCAGAAGAAGGCCGUCAACCACCAGGAGGAGAUGGCCGAGCGGUCGCGCCUGCGCAACGAGGGCCUGUUCGAGUCGCACGUCAAGCACGACAAGCUCGUCAACAUGAGCGACGAGCACCGCGCUGUCGCCGACGGCAGCAGGAUGUUUGGCAACGAGGACGAGGGCUCGUCGGCGUCGGCGGCGGCGGCCGACUCGGCGGACGGCGAGAGGCUCGUCUGA